CCGCUUUUGACUACAUUUCCCAUGACGCAAUCAGCGCCUCUAAACUCUCAGCGAUAGACAAACCAGACAAACGAAUUAUUACACACAGCUAGGCUUGAAGGAAGAUGAGAUUAAAGGAGAUACUCAGGACUGCGACCCAAGCAUGGAGUCCUGCAACACAACAUCCUGCAUACCUGGCCCUGGGUACGGCUGCGCAGCAGCUGGAUGCGUCCUUCAACACCACCUCUGCGCUGGAGAUCUUUGAGAUGGAUUUUGCUGAUACGUCCAUGGACAUGAAGCUCAAAGGGACUCUGCCCACCUCCAACAGGUUUCACAGUUUGAUCUGGACGGCAUUUGACACCGACGGUAAAGAUUCAUCUGGACGGCUCAUUGGAGGCAGUGAAAACGGAACCGUGACCAUCUUCGGUCCGGACAGUAUUCUGAGCUCGGGAGACGAUGCCGUGAUGGGACAGGCCAACAAACACACCGGCCCUGUGCGCGCGCUCGACUACAACCGCUUCCAGAGUAAUCUCAUCGCAUCGGGAUCGAACGAUUCAGAAAUAUACAUCUGGGACCUGAACAGUUUCAGUAAUCCAAUGACGCCGGGAGCAAAGUCACAGCCAGCUGAGGACGUCAGCGUGGUGGCGUGGAACAGACAGGUGCAGCACAUCCUGGCAUCCGCCAACCCCAGCGGGAAAGCCGUGGUGUGGGACCUGAGAAAGAAUGAGCCCAUCAUCAAAAUCAGUGACCAUAGCAACCGGAUGCACUGCUCCGGGAUGUUGUGGCAUCCAGACGUGGCCACUCAGCUGGUUCUGGCCUCAGAGGACGACAGACUGCCUGUGAUACAGAUGUGGGACCUUCGGUUCGCCACCUCGCCGCUCAAAGUCUUGGAGAGCCACACCAGAGGGAUUCUGUCAAUCUCGUGGAGUCAGGCCGACCCCGAGCUCCUGCUGAGCAGUGGGAAAGACAAUCGAAUCCUGUGCUGGAACCCAAACACUUCCGAGGUGAUUUACGAGCUGCCGACGGCCAAUCAGUGGUGUUUCGAUGUGCAGUGGUGUCCUCGUAACCCCGCCCUCUUGUCAGCCGCAUCAUUUGAUGGGCGGAUCAGCGUGUACUCCAUCAUGGGUGGGCGUCUUCAACAGCAUCAACACAGUACUGUGGAUCAGAUCUCGGCUUCGUUCGACACCAGUGACCCGUUUGGAACGGGUCAGACUCUUCCACCUCUCCAGAUCCCUCAGCCCACAGUAGAGACCACCAUCAUCCCCCCACUGAAGAAGCCGCCUAAAUGGGUGCGGAGACCCGUCGGCGCUUCAUUCGCCUUUGGUGGAAAACUAAUAACGUUUGAGAACCCAAAGCAGCAGCAGCAGUCGUCUCAGCCGCUCGCUCGGCAAGUGUGCGUCAGUCAGGUGACCACGGAAACAGAGUUUCUGGAGCGCUCGGCCGAACUGCAGGCCACUCUACAGUCGGGAUCUUUCUCCAGCUACUGUCAGAAGAAGAUGACGAGCGCGCCUUCAGACGCUGAGCAAGACGUCUGGAGAUUCCUCAGGGUGAAUUUUGAAGACGACGCUCGUGUGAAGUUCUUGAAGCUGUUGGGGUUCAGUAAAGACGAGCUGCAGAAGAAGAUCUCUGCGUGUCUGGGGCGAAGCCUGCAGCCCAACGGUUUAGAUGUCAACGCUCUGGCCGAAAAGAUGCAGACUCUCUCCGAUCAGAUGGCAGAUGAGCCGGCCGUCGCAGGCAGCGAUUCCCAAGCGGAUUUCUUCUCUCAGCUCCCGAAGAAAGAGAAGGAAUCGUAUCGGAUCCCCGUGUCCUCAGACACGGACGGUUUGAUCAGUCAGGCUCUGCUGGUGGGCAACUUCGAGGGGGCCGUGGAUCUGUGUUUGAAUGACGGCCGUUUCGCCGAGGCCAUCCUCCUGUCAAUCAGCGGAGGGGAGGAGCUACUGAAGAAGACCCAGCAGCAGUACCUCGACCGACACGCCAACAGCAUCUCCAUGUUGAUCACGUCGGUGGUGACGCAGAACUGGCGUGAUAUCGUUCAGAGCUGUGAGCUGGACAACUGGAAGGAGGCAUUAGCAGCCCUGCUAACAUAUGCUAACCCCGAAGAGUUCGCUCCUCUGUGCGAUACGCUUGGCUCUCGUCUGGAGGCUGAAGGAACCGAGAAGACGUGUCUGCAGGCGUGUCUGUGUUAUAUCUGCUCCGGUAACAUUGAGCGUCUGGUGGAGUGUUGGACGUUACAGAGAGAUUGUUCCUCUCCUCUCACGCUUGAGGAUCUGGUGGAGAAGGUGAUGAUCUUGCGUAAGUCGAUCGAGCGUUCGCGCAGCGGUGAGGUUUGUGUUCAGAGCUCAGCGCUGACGGAGAAACUCAUCCAGUACUCCAGCAUUCUGGCAUCACAGGGCAGUUUGAGCGCCGCGCUCGGCUACCUGCCCGACACCUCCGAUCAGCCUGGUGUUAGGAUGUUGAGAGACCGACUGUCUCAUGCUAAGGGUGAGAGACUGCACAGACAACAACAACCAUCAGCACCAGCAGGAGGAGCCAAACCAUCAGUCAUCACAAACACACAAACACCAUCAGCAGCCAUGACACACACACAGGGGCAGUUCACCCCCUCAGUGCCUCCUCAGAUGCCCCCUCACCGUCUCUUCACACCACAGCAGAUUCCUGAUUCUGGAGUGCCGCGCCCGACUCAAAGAACAGCGUACCUACAACACCCCGCCACAGCGCCAGGUUUCCCCCCCUCUCAGCCGUUCCCACCUCAGUCGGGGCCUCUAGGAGCUCCUGGUGGUUUCAUGUCGGGCCCACCGAUGCCCCCCUCCAGUCUGGCAGGCCCCUCUGCACCCCCCUCCUCUCCACCGGGACCCCUUAUGCCAGGCGGCAUCCCGAUGAGAGGCGCCCCACCACCUCCAGGAUUCUUAUCUCCCACCUCUCUACCGGGAGGAGCGCCCGUGUUUCCAGCAGCGCCGCACUCGCAUGGACCCGCCCCCCCUCCCAGCGGCACAUAUGCAGCUUUAGGCUCGGGGUAUCCACAGGGGGGUCCGGGCGCUCCGGGGGCUAAGAGCUUCAGCUCUGCUGGUGUCCAUCCUCCACCCACAGGUGUUCAGGACGGGUGGAACGACCCUCCAGCGUUACGCACAGCUUCACGGAAGCAGAAGCUAGCAGAGAACUACACCCCUCCUGUCCCCAUCACGACACCCGUCAUGGGUUUUCCUGUUGAAGCUCCUGUAGUUCAGGAGAGAUUUCAGGUGCCGCCCGGAGCUCCUCAGGAGCCCAGCAUACAGUCUCUGCGUCAGCUUCCGGCCGAGCGUGUGGACCAGAAAGAGAUUCCUGCAGAACACGUGAUCCUGAAGAACACCUUCAGCAGUCUGGUGCAGCGCUGUCAGCUGUCGGCCACAGAUGCGCAAACAAAGAGAAAACUAGAGGAUGCCUGUAAGCGUCUGGAGAACCUUUAUGACAAACUGAGAGAUCAGACGCUAUCGUCCAGCAUCCUCGCCGGCCUGCACGAGAUCGCCCGCUGCGUCGCCGCCCGUAACUAUCCUCAGGGACUGGAGGUCCACACGCAGGUGGUGAGCAGCAGUAACUUCAGCGAGAUCUCUGCGUUCAUGCCCGUUCUUAAAAUGCUCAUGACCAUCGCCAACAAACUGGCCGUCUGACACCGACAGCAUCAUCGUCACUCCUGCGUCAAACACAAGCGUUUGUGACGGACUGUUUGUGUGUUUCGUGAUGUUGUUUAUCUUCUGUAAGAAUGAAUACACCCUUAAUCUCUGACUGUAGAUCGCUGGUACACUUCUGAUGUGUUUGCCGUUUUCUUUCAUUCAAAAAACCAAGUGGAAUGAAUUCAUUGCUUCAUGAAAUCAGUCUGACAUUGAACUGGUUUUAUGAAGGGUUUGUGCUGAUGUUUGAUGAAUGCGGCCUGAUGUUUUUGUGGUGCAGAACUUGCUCUGGUCUCAGAGAGAUGCUGUCUAUAGUUCAGUCAUGACUGAUGUAAGUGGACGAGGUUCAUGUUUGAGUGACCGAUAAAUUCAACAUUUUAUUGUGGUGAAGAUCUUAAGGAGGUUUGGUGUUUGUCAGGUCAUCUGAUGGAUUGGUUUGUUCUGAAAACACUCCAGAUGUUCUCUCAUACAGAUCUUAAAACGCUUUCGAGACUUAUGAGUGUGUGAAUGACUGUCAUGAAUUGUGCCGCUUAUAUUUCACUCCAAAAUCCAAAAAAAGAUAUAAUGCCUUUCAUUUUGCAUGAAGAAAAUUAAACCUAUUUUUAGAGUCAUUGCGAUCUUUUGACUUUCUUUACAUGACUGACAACCCCCUCACCACCUUCCAAACUUGUCAGUGAUAAAAAUAAGUUAAAAAACAAAAACAAGCAUUAAGACACUUCACCAGAAGCAGGAUAUAUUCAUAUUUAUUUGUUCAGCAUUAUUUUGAGAAGUCAUGUUCUAGAAAUAGGUUUUGUUUUUGUAAUAAAUCAGAUUUUAGGGUGAAAUAUGUCCAUGCUGUAACCGGAGAAGACUGAAUGUAAGUGAAUGUGCAAAUCUUUGCUCUUUUAUAAACUCAUGCUCUUCUUCUAGAAACCUCCACAUCCGUCGACUGUUUGUAUCCGUCAUGAAUCUGAUUCAUUCUGAAAAAAUGUUUAUAUUCAGAGCUGCUUUCAUUAACCUUGAAUGUUUCACAGCCUUCAAUUCACUGCUUGAAUCCAAAUCUGUGCUGAAAGAUUUAUGAAACAAUUUCAUCAUGCUCACAGAAUGAUAUCUGAAUAAAAUUCACCUUGAUGCCCAAAGUCAACAUGAAACCACAUUAGCAACACGUUAUUUGAAUAAACUGAUGUAUUUCUGA